UUGAAAAAAAGUUAUUUCUUUAAUUUUAUAAAAAAAAAUAAUAAAAUUAGACUGUCAUUUUCUCAUCUCUUAUUCAUAGUGGAUUUACACGUCCUGGGUUUCUUUUUCUCUUUUGUUUUUUGAAUUAGGCCCCCCAAAAGAUUGAAUCUUUGUUCUGCUAAACCCCCCAAAAAUAAUUUUUUUGAAGAGGGCAUAAUAUUGUUUCUGGGAAAAAUCAGAAAAUUAAUUUGCAAGAAGUACCAAGAGUUGAAGCACUAGGGUUUUGAUUAUAAUUUGUGAAGAAAGAAGAGAUUUUGCAUGCUUCUGGGUGAAUUUUGAACUUCAUUUGGCAUCUGGGUUAGUGUAAUUUUUUGAGUUAAGUGUUAAUAUGAAUGUAUUUGUGUUUUAAUGGGGAAGUUAUCAUCUGGCUUUGUUUGAUUGAUUCUGAAUUUGAUGAACAAAUUUGCUUCUGAGAAGGAAGGAGGAUUAUAUGUAUGUUUCUUGUGUAAUUGUUGUUGGUAGUUUUUAGUGAAAUUUGUUUGUUUUGGAGGUUUUGAGAGGUUGGCAUCUGGGGUGCUAUUUUGUGGGUGUGUGAGCAAUGUUUAAGCAAAUACUUAGUAAGAUUCCACGGAAAUCGUCAAAAUCAUCGGAGAAUCGAGAGCAUAAGAAUGCUUCUAGUGCUGGUUUGAAUGCAUCCAGCAGUGCGAGGAAGAGUGAUGUGGGGUCUAACAGGACUAGUAAUAAUCAGCACAAUAUGGGUACAAAUGGUGCUUUGAGUGCAGGGCAGAAUCAGGGAAAGAAAGUGUCUAGAACUGUGGAUACAAUGAUGAAUGGUGUUAUGCUGUCUUCUUAUGAAGCGUUGCCGAGUUUUAGGGAUGUACCGUGCUCGGAGAAGCAGAGCUUGUUUAUUAGAAAGCUUCAUAUGUGCUGUGUUUUAUUUGAUUUCCAUGAUCCAACAAAGAAUCUGAGAGAAAAGGAGGUAAAGAGACAGACAUUGUUGGAACUGGUAGAUUAUCUUUCUUCGGCGAAUGGGAAGUUUUCAGAGAAUGUAAUGCAGGAAAUCAUAAAGAUGGUGUCGGCAAACUUGUUUCGGUCUCUUGCUGCUCAGCCGAGAGAGAACAAAGUCAUAGAGGCAUUUGAUGUUGAAGACGAGGAGCCUUUGAUGGAUGCAUCAUGGCCUAAUUUGCAGAUAGUGUAUGAGUUCUUGUUGAGAUUUGUGGCGUCUCCUGAGACUGAUGCUAAAUUAGCUAAGAGGUAUGUUGAUCAUUCCUUUGUGUUGAAGCUGUUAGAUCUUUUUGAUUCUGAAGAUCCCCGCGAAAGAGAAUAUCUGAAGACAAUUCUACAUCGCAUAUACGGGAAGUUUAUGGUGCAUCGUCCGUAUAUUAGGAAGGCAAUUAACCACAUAUUUUACCAAUUUAUCUUUGAGACUGAGAAACAUAAUGGGAUUGCUGAACUUCUAGAGAUACUUGGAAGCAUUAUAAAUGGAUUUGCUCUGCCACUGAAAGAAGAGCACAAGCUCUUUCUUGUUAGGGCACUAAUACCUCUGCAUAAACCGAGGUGCUUGCCUAUGUAUCACCAACAAUUAUCUUACUGCAUUACACAAUUUGUGGAGAAAGACUGCAAGCUUGCUGAUUCUGUAAUUAGAGGGCUAUUGAAGUAUUGGCCAAUCAUCAAUAGUUCUAAGGAAGUGAUGUACUUAAGUGAGUUGGAAGAAGUUUUAGAAGCAACACAACUGCCAGAAUUCCAACGAAGUGUAGUGCCCUUAUUCCGUCAAAUUGCCCGUUGCUUGAAUAGUUCGCAUUUCCAGGUCGCAGAGAGGGCAUUGUUCCUCUGGAACAACGACCACAUUGAAAACUUGAUCAAACAAAACUGCAAGGUUAUUCUGCCUAUCGUCUUCCCUGCACUGGAAAGGAAUGCAAGAAAUCAUUGGAACCAGGCUGUUCACAGCUUAACUCUCAAUGUGCGUAAGAUUUUCUCCGAUCUUGAUCCCGAGCUUUUCGAGGAGUGUUUACUCAAGUUUCAGGAAGACGAAUCAAAGGAAGAGGAAAUGAGAGCAAAACGCGAAGCAACAUGGAAAAGGUUAGAAGAAAUAGCUGCUGAAAAAGCAAAAAGUAGCGAACCUGUCCUCGUCCCCCUCAUUUUACCAGCCCGUACCACUUCUGGUCUUUGAUCCAAAGAUCGAUCUUUUUUUGACGCCAAUUUCAUUACUGACAGGGUUCUGGUGAUGGAGUUUCAUGUAUGGUCAUUGAUUUAAUUCGUUACUACCCUCCUGUAUUUUUGGCCGAAAGUCCAAAAAAACAAGGUAAAAAAAAAAAAAUGCGUUAGCCAAUGUUUGUAGCUUAUGUUUAAAUUUCUAAAACUCUUUAGUUUAGAUUUACUAGGGCUUAAAAGUAUGGGUAGAUAUAUUAAUUGAAAAGAGUAAGGAGAAUGGCAUAAGAUUAGGAUUUUCUGCAAUUUGCAGCAGUUGGAAAACUUUGUACAGUUGUGAUAUUCCUGGUUUGGCUUUAUUAUAUAAUUAAUGGCUGCUUUUAAAGUUGUUUUGUCUGAUAAA